GCAUGCGUGAAACCACAUGGCAUGUCGUGUGUGUGUACGUGUGAGGUGUCUGGACAAGAAAUAACAAUUAUGCGUGUGUUGGCUCUAGUAAGUGGGGGGAAGGACAGCUGCUAUAACAUGAUGAAGUGUGUGGCCGCUGGCCAUGAAAUUGUAGCUCUAGCCAAUUUACAACCAGAGCAAGAACUUGGAGAUGAGUUGGAUAGUUUCAUGUUCCAGACUGUCGGGCACGAGGGCGUGUCACUCAUAGCCGAGGCCAUGGGGAUUCCCCUGUACAGGACAUUUACGAAGGGAAAGUCCCUAACAAGAGAGCUAGUGUACACGCCCACUAAUGGCGAUGAAGUGGAGGAAUUGUACGAGCUGCUUGUGAGGGUGUGUGAAGAGUGUGGAGGUGUGGAGGGUGUAUCGAGUGGAGCUAUACUCUCAGACUACCAACGACUACGUGUGGAGAAUGUGUGCUCUCGUCUAGGUCUGGUGAGCCUCUCCUACCUGUGGCGUAGGAACCAGGAGCAGCUGCUCAGGGAGAUGAUUGAUAACGGCGUGCAGGCUAUAGUCAUCAAGGUAGCCUCUAUGGGAUUGUAUCCAGACAAGCAUCUUGGGCGGACCAUUAAAGACUUGUACUCUGACCUUUGUGAGCUGAACCGUCGCUAUGGGGUCAACGUGUGUGGGGAGGGAGGAGAGUACGAGACAUUCACUCUGGACUGCCCCCUCUACAAGAAGAGAAUUAAUUUGUUGGCUUCUGAGGUGGUAGUCACGACCUCUGACCCCUACGCUCCAGUGGGCUACCUCAAACUAACACAGCUGGCUCUUGAGACCAAAGAGCACACACCAUUUUCUCUGACAUCUUCCACCAAGAUGUGCCUAGCGUCCCCCCCUCUUCCGUCUCUGAGUCUGAGUGGGGAGCGACAAUCACAAUGUCUCCAGGAUGGUUGUCGUGUCUGGCUGGCCUUGGAUGGUGACCCCUGUGAACCCUCGACUGCCGUCCAAUCUGAACGUCUGUUUGAGGGGGCGUGCUCACGACUGUGUGCAUGUGGGUGUGAGUGGCGUGAUGCUGUGCUUGUGUACCUCUACUUGUCUGAGAUGACCGACUACCCAUGUGUCAACAGUGUGUACAAGCGGCACUUCAGUAGCGAACCACCUGCAAGGGUGUGUGUUUCCUCGUCCCUGCCUGAGGGUGUUCUGGUGAGGCUAGAGGUGGUGGUGUGGAGGUGUGAUAGUGGGCGGAGCUCCAUGCAUGUACAGUCUCACUCAGAGUGGGCCCCCGCUAAUAUUGGCCCAUACAGUCAGUCCUACACAGUUUCCGAUGUUGUAUUUGGUGCUGGACAGAUUGGAUUAGAGCCCUCGUCUAUGACAUUGGCCCCGCCCCUUUCUCAGGCCACCCUCUCUCUGACUCAUGUGCAGAGCGUCCUGGAGUCAUGUGACUCUCACCUAACCUCGGCACUGUGUGGGAUGUGCUAUUAUACAAGCCACGAGGCCAGAUGGAGUGCAAGGCAAUCAUGGCGGGAGGCCUCCAGAGUUCUUGGCAUGUCUCCCGACUGUCCCCUACUCUUCUUGCACGUACUAGACCUGCCCAGGGGGUCCUGUGUCGAGUGGCACUUUGUAGCUGUCAAGACCCCCUCCCGAGUCACAUAUAGCUGCUCAAAGGUCAGUGGUGAGGUCAUGGGAGGUGAUGCCACCAUCAGGUCAGCUGUGGACAAAGACAGGAAGGUUGGCUGCUGGACACUAACCACCAACAUUGAACUGUUUGUCCCACUGGAUAAGGUUUUGAAAUGCUGCCUGAGUCACAUGCAAGCACAGCUGAUUAAGUGUCAACUGUCUCUCUCUGAACUGUCCUACCUCCGUGUCUGCCUACCACAGUAUGCAUUGUCAGCAACUUGUGUGCCAGAGAUCAGCAAGCUGUGCAGUGGCUGUGUUGGAGGAGGGGAAAUUCCCUUGUCGGUGGUGACCACUCAAGGCUACUUGGGACAUAACAAUCAGCUGUUUGUACAAGCUUGUAAAUUUCAUGUUAUGGUUUAGUUUGAUACGUUCUCUUGUGCAUUAUUAUUUGGACACACGUGUUCUUGAAAGUUUGGAACCAGUUUAUGAUCUAUUUGGCUUAAAGUAUGCAAACUUGUUUCCAGGUGUUUGCUAGUACUUAGUUUGGUACGUUCUUUUGUGCAUUAUUAUUUGGACACAUGUUCUUGUUAUGGAAAGUUUGAAAUCAGUUUACGAUAUAAUUA